AUGUCCGACAGUCACGGCAGCACCCAGGCCGUCAAAUCAGUUGCAGAAGGUGCUCAUAAACCUCGGUACAAGCAUGGCAGAACGAGGGCAAACUCCUGGUUCAAAGCCUCCGUCACCAUCCUCUUCCACAACAUCAUAUGGGCGCAGAAGCAACUACGUGGCAGCAUCAAAUACAAGCAGCCGGCUGUCUUCGUCGCCUACAACGAGCGUCGAGGAAGGUCCAAUGGACCCUCCGCAGCGCGUCAACAAGGCGCUAUACGUGCCACAAACCUCCUUGCUCCCACCUCCACUCCAAUUCCGAAAAAGAAAUCUCAGCUUAGAAAUUCGAAGCGCAAGCAGGAACGCAUCACAGGCAAAGAAUCGGAUCCAGCGGCUUCACCUGCCGUUAUCCCGCAACUGAGGCGUCGCCCACCAACCCAGGAAGACUAUGUCUCCGUCCGACCUGAAUCGAGCUAUCUUCAUUUUAAAAAUAGUCUAACGAUGGCGAGCAUUUCGGGCUAUAUCGAUACGGAAAGAGGGCCGGUUCCCAUAACCGCGAACUUGGACCCAGAAUUCCCUCAGAAUCUGAUCUCUGUCGCAUGCGUGGCUCGUCUCGGUCUGGUCAUCGAGUCGCACGGUACCGGCGAUGAUGGAGGAACCCAAGAGGUGAUGAUCGAUUUUGGGAGAGGCGAAAAGAGCAAGAGUAGUGGGCAGGUGGUUUUUCGGUGGAGUGCAGGUGUAUCUUCGCAUAGGAUACCGUUCAACGUUACGUGCCUGGUGUAUGAGCAUAAUAUUCGGAGUCUGGUCCUCGGACAGCCGUUUGUUGAAAAGAGGCAGCAUUACUGGAAUGGUGGCGAGGAUGGGGUGGGGACCGAGAAUGGACGUGAUAGAUGGAGAUGA